CCAUCGUUACAUGGAUGCAACUAAAGUCUGAGCGCGGAGGGACUUCUUUUUCACCUUCUUCCAUCUUUGCAGUCCUCCUAAGGCAGUUCCCUAAUGUUUUUUGAUUUUCAAUAUCGGUUUAAUGGCUGAGCAACUUCUUUUUUAGCAUUUCGAGUAUUUCUUGGUGCAAUUCCUAUUUGGUCUGUCAAGAUGCAGCUCCGUACGGUCUUUGACGUCAAUGUUGUGGACGUGCAGAAGAGACGGAAUCCCUCCAAACACUAUGUGUACCUAAUCAACGUCACUUACUCAGACUCCACUUCCCAUGUCAUCUACAGGAGAUACAGCAAAUUCUUUGACCUACAGAUGCGAAUCCUUGACAAAUUUCCAAUUGAAGGAGGACAGAAAGACCCCAAAAAGAGGAUUAUUCCUUUUCUUCCAGGUAAAGUCUUGUUCCGCCGAAGUCACAUCAGAGAUGUAGCCGUCAAAAGAUUGAAGCACCUGGAUAAUUACUGUAAGGCUCUACUGAAGCUUCCCUCCCACAUUUCCCAAAGUGAGGAGGUCCUCAAGUUCUUUGAGACCAAGUCAGAGGACCUCAACCCUCCUACAGAAGACUGUGGAGGCUCUGGAAAACGUAAAUCAGGUGUGGAUGCUUCGGAUCCCAUGCUCCUGGAACAGUAUGUGGUGGUGGCCAGUUACGAGAAACAAGAGCCUGCAGAAAUCAGCCUUCAAGCGGGCGAGGUGGUCGACGUCAUUGAGAAGAGCGAGAGUGGUUGGUGGUUCGUCAGCACCGCGGAGGAGCAGGGUUGGGUCCCUGCCACCUAUCUCAACUCCCACAGUGGCACACGGGAUGACUUGGAGCUGGGUGCCUCUAAAGCUGGAGAAGUUACUAAGCGGCAUAAGGCUCAUCUGAAGAGGCUGGACCGGAGAUGGACGUUGGGGGGUGUCAUCAGCCGGCAGCAGAGCCGAGAAGAGAAGUAUAUAACUGUGCAGCCCUACACCAGCGAGGGCAAGGAUGAAAUUGCUUUUGAGAAAGGCGUCAUUGUGGAGGUGAUUCAGAAGAACUUGGAAGGCUGGUGGUUUGUCAGGUACCAGGAUAAAGAGGGCUGGGCUCCAGCCUCUUACCUGAAAAAGAUUAAGGAUGAUCUCUCUCCCCGCAAGAAGACAGUGACAGGCCCAGUGGAGAUCAUUGGAAACAUCAUGGAGAUCAGUAACCUGCUUAAUAAGAAGGCCUUGAGUGAGAAAGAUGUGCAGAUUGAAGGAGUCCCAGAGAGCCCCCAGGUGGCCAAGAAGGAGAUCAGCCUGCCAAUUCCGUGUGCUGACUCCAGCCCUGUCAAUGCCCCGCAGGAUGGAAAAAGUAAAGCAGAGCCUGCUUCACCAGCUGUAGCCCGCAUUGCUCCUCAUCGGGUGGAAAUUGGUUCCCCAGUUCUCAGGCAAAAACCUCCUCCUCGAAGAGAUGCAACCCUGGGAUUUCAGUUGCCAUCCCCACCAGAGGCCCCUACAGUGGAAGCAGAGUAUUACACCAUCGCAGAUUUCCAAUCCUGUAUAUCUGAUGGUAUCACAUUCAAUGGAGGACAGAAAGCAGAGGUGAUUGAGAAGAACUCUGGUGGAUGGUGGUAUGUCCAGAUAGGAGAGAAAGAGGGCUGGGCUCCCUGCUCCUACAUUGACAAACGUAAAAAGCCCAACCUGAAUCGCAGAACAAGCACACUGUGCCGCCCAAAAGUUCCACCCCCAGCUCCCCCUGUCAAAAAACAAGACUCAGUAGAGACAGCACCUCCCAGCAGCCCUGGCUCUGAAGCUCCAGAGUCCCCCGUGUCUCCUGGAAGGCCGGUGUAUGAGGAGCCAGAAUAUGACGUCCCUGCCAUCGGAGAUCUGGACAUGGAGUCUGAGUUUGAGUUUCUGAGGGGAGAAGGUUCCUUGGUGGAUGUGAAAAACGAGGACACCUCUUCCGAGAAAGGAUCCCACCUGUCCUCCAAGCCUUCUCCUGCUUCAUCGCUCCACAGCGCCUCCUUCAAGAUGUGUGAGUCAUUUGAAGAUGGCCAUGAGGCCGAGGGGGAGGCGGAGGGAGAGGAAGAGUGCAUCUAUGAGAAUGACGGCUUCCGGCCAUUCAGGGAGACACCAGAGCGGCAGUGCAGCAAGGACUCAAAUUCCUCCAAGACAAGUGUUCUGUCAGAAACCAGCAAGACUGCAAACCCGACAUCAGGUGGGCGGAGACCUGCAGGCAACAAGCUGAAGAUCGACUUGAACGGGAGCCUAUUUUCAACCAAAGCCGAGGAGGCGUCCAGUCCUAAAUCUGCCUCCAAUGUGCCCAGCCCAGAUCUAUCCAAGAAAGACCAGGAAGACAGCAAAGCAUCCUCUUCCAUGAAGUCGUCCUCUAAACUAAAGCCGGUGGUGCGGCCUAAACCACAACUAGCCAAGGCGUCGAGUGCAGAGAAGAUGGACAUCAGCACCUUGAGAAGACAGUUGCGACCAACAGGGCAGCUGAAGAACGGCACCAAAACCAAAGGCGAGGACUCUGAGACAGCUUCUGUCAUCUCCUCGGAGGACUCCUUCUCCUCUCAGAGCACAUCCGAUCUCUCCUCCAUCUAUUCUAAAGGCAGCCGAGGAGACUCUGACCUGGAGGGCUGCAGCCUGUAUCGCACCACAGAUCCCUACGAGAGAGUCCAAGAGUCUGAGCUCAGCUUCCCUGCUGGAGUGGAGGUGGAAGUACUGGAGAAGCAGGAGAGUGGCUGGUGGUAUAUCCGCUGGGGGGACACAGAGGGCUGGGCUCCGACUUACUUUUUAGAGCCUGUCAAGCAACAAGAUGACAUGGCAGGGUCCGAAUCCGAGGGCACCCCGACGAAACCUGGAAGCCUGAGCAAGUCCAACAGCCUGGAGAAGAACGAACAAAGGGUGCAGGCGUUGAAUAACAUCAACCAAAACCUGAAGAAGGUCACUCCACCCAUCCCCUCCAAGCCUCCGGGCGGCCUCUCAAAACCCAUCGGCCUGUUCGGCUCACGAAAACAGAACAGCACCAAACAGCAGCAGGUGGUCAGACCUCAGUCUGUCUUCAUAUCAGCCCCGAUCAGGGACGGCCCCAGCCCUGUCGGCUCUCUCAGGAGAAACGAGUCCCUCAACUCCACUGACCACCCUCGGGCCAGCCCCACAGUGCGACGCAACGCCUCCUUUGGCACCGUGCCACGCAGCCUGGCGCCAAACAACAUAGCACUGCCCAACAGGAACAGAUCUGGUACUGGCAGCUCCGAAUCUCUUGGCCUCGGCUCUCAGAAGAAUGCCCUCCCUGUGUCUACAGUGAAACCCAAACCCCACAUCAUCCAUAACAACCUCAGAGAGGUGUAUGUCUCCAUUGCAGAUUACCAUGGCGAUGAGGAAACCAUGGGAUUCCCAGAGGGGACGAGUCUGGAGGUCCUGGACAGAAACCCCAAUGGAUGGUGGUACUGCAAGGUUCUGGACAAUGGGAGACCGAGAAAAGGAUGGGUGCCCUCAAAUUACCUCGAGAAAAAGCACUAGCACUCAUGUGCGGAGCCGGCAGGACUCAGAACACGCGUGUAAAGACUACUCAGAUUUAUUUUGUGAUAAAAAGGCUAACCCUAAGACUUUAAGCAAGGACUGAAAUCUUACCCGGUACCUUUGCCAAAACGAGCAGCCAGAUCAAAUUGUGACUUUGAAAUGAAACGAGACAUCUGGUAAAAUGAGUCCACAUGAUUCUUUGCCUGAGAAGUUGCAUUAGGGGCAAGAUAUUGGGACUGAACCCUUUGAAACCUGGAGCAGCAUCACUUUUCUUGUGCUGCUUCAGACGCUGUCAUAGACAGUAUUUAACCCUUUGGACCCCGAGCAAAUUGGUACGAUUUUUUCAAGAAUAUGGGAAAAAAAGGCACUGAGAAACUUGGUAAGAAAUGUUCCAUAAAUUGCAAAAAACUUGUAGAAUUAAAAGAGAAAAUUUCUAGUGAAAAAAGCUUGGAAAAAUCUAUAUUUAUAAUUAUAUUUAAAAUGUUGCAAAAUCAGUAAGCAC